AUGGAUUGUCAGGCUCUCGAGAAUGCCAUGUCAUUGAGUUACUCUGCUGUUGGAGAAAAUGGCAACCCGCAGAUCACCACAAGACGUUGUCUGACUAUUGAGACCGACCCUGGUCUUUUGGUCUCCGUUGCGCCAUCCGCUUGGCGAUGGGAGGGUCAGAUCACCGGUGCUGUGGAUGGAAUUUAUGAGAUCACCAUCAACAGCUUUGCCGCACAGCAAGCUGGCGUCAACACUGACGCCGUGGACCACUUGAUCUUCCGAGUCGGACAGGAGGACAACAUCAUGGUGUUCCCUUAUAAUGAUUACCAUGAUAACCUCUUCUCAGUCUCUGGCAACACCUUUACCGUCAACCACACUGCCCCAGGGGCUGACCAAUGGCGAUACUCUGCCGACUUUGGUCAAAAUUGGGAACCGUGGCAAAACUACACUGGCGGAUCGAGUGAACUCAACGCCACUUUGUUCGAGAACCAGUGGUGGAAAGGACAUCAUGUGAUUUGCCAAUACUGGAGUGAGAUCUCUGGAUCCAGUUUCCACACCGUCCACGAUGAUGCCGAUUGGGAUGGUGGACAACGACGUUGGCCACAGUUGCUCGCCAGAGGUCAGUUCAACACUUGGGGCUUCGAUCUCGGUGCGCAAGCGCACUUCGAGCUCAACAGUACGGAUCAUAUCUGGACCUUCCCCUUCAUGUCGGCCUGGCCAGCUUACAUUCAACUCAACAUUUGGUCUUUUGACGACUACUUCUACGGAGAUACAGAUUCUGACGGUAUUAUUGACCGAUUGCCUCCGAACGCUCUGCAACCAAACUUCCUAAACAUUUCCGUCCCGCCCGCUCCUCAUCUCGCUUGGAACGUCAUGAUCAACGAGGUCACUGGCGAGUGGAACAUCAGUCCGAUCGGUCAACAAAACGUCACAACCAUUGCCUUUGCUCUUCUAGGUGCCAUUCCUGCCAUUACGGCGCUCGCGGCUGCUGCCAUCUUCCGAUACUCUUUCUACUCCAUCAAGGUCAACAAAUGGGGUAUGAAGCCUUCCAAGGAGACUUCCUACUUCCCCAUUGGACACAAGGAGAAGGACAAGAAGGAUAUCGAUGAGAAGGGUGCCAUGGUGCUCGCCGACAAGCAUAGCAAGAAUGACAGGAUCAUUGGCUGGCCAGAGGAUCAGAACAAGCGGCGUAAGGUAUUGAUCGCGACACUUGAGUAUGAGAUCAUCGACUGGAAACUCAAGGUCAAGAUUGGAGGUCUCGGUGUGAUGUCGUCGCUCAUGGGCAAAGCCAUGACGGACGUUGAUCUGCUCUGGGUCGUGCCAAAGGUUGCAGACCUGGACUACCCUCAAGGAGAAUACGCCGAGCCUAUUGAAGUCAUCAUCUUUGGCGAGCCGUACUUGAUCGAAGUGGAGACUCACAAGCUGGACAAUAUCACUUAUAUCAUUCUCGAUUCGCCAGUCUUCCGUGCGCAAACCAAGUCUGAUCCUUACCCUCAACGAAUGGAUGACUUGUCUUCGGCCAUUUUCUAUUCGACUUGGAACCAGGCGAUUGCCGAGGCGAUCCGACGAAACCCGAUCGUCGAUAUCUACCACAUUAACGAUUACCACGGUGCUCUCGCGCCCCUCUACUUGUUGCCUCAGAUUUUGCCAGUAUGCCUCUCGUUGCACAAUGCCGAAUUCCAAGGUCUGUGGCCACUUCGAACCAAGGACGAGAUGAAGGAAGUCUGUGCGGCUUUCAACAUCCCAAAGGACAUUUGCUCCAAGUACGUUCAAUUCGGAAACACCUUCAACUUGUUACACGCCGCCGCGUCCUUCAUCUCUCAUCAUCAGAAGAGUGUUGGUGUGGCAGGUGUCUCUGACAAGUAUGGUAAACGAUCUUGGGCUCGAUACCCUGCGCUCUGGACCCUACGAAACAUUGACUCAUUACCCAACCCUGAUCCGACGGAUAUUGCGGCCUUGGACGAACAACCUCUGGCCGUUGGCAAGAUUGAGAUCGACCAAGAGGCCGAAGCCAAACGUCCUGAAAACAAGCGACAGGCUCAAGAAUGGGCAGGAAUCAAGCAGGAUCCCAAUUCCGACCUGUUUGUCUUUGUUGGUCGAUGGUCCAAGCAAAAGGGUGUCGAUCUCAUUGCCGAUGUCAUGCCGUCCCUGUUGGAAAAGAAGCCAAAGAUUCAACUUAUCUGUGUUGGUCCUGUCAUUGAUCUCUACGGACGAUUUGCCGCCGAAAAACUGGCGCGAUUGAUGGAAAUGUAUCCUGACAGAGUCUACUCGAAACCAGAAUUUACCGCCUUGCCACCGUAUUUGUUCAGUGGUGCCGACUUUGCUCUGAUUCCUUCGCGUGACGAGCCCUUCGGUCUGGUCGCCGUCGAAUUUGGACGAAAGGGUGCUUUGGGUGUUGGAUCGAGACUGGGAGGAUUGGGUCUGAUGCCAGGAUGGUGGUUCCCUGUCGAGUCGAGUGCCACACAGCACAUGCUGUCGCAACUGACCAAGACGAUCAAGUUGGCUCUCAAGUCGACCGAGCAUGAGCGAGCGAUCCUCCGUGCUCGAUCUGCUGUACAACGAUUCCCCGUCGUCGAAUGGCGUCAACGUUUGGAAGAUUUCCAACGACGAAGUAUUAACACGUCUCGUUCGCAUGCGGGAGAGCACGCAUGGGGAUACGACCAAGUUGGAAUGAGCGGUGGAUUCUACCAACAGGAUCCAGGCAGUCAGACGUCUCUGGUCGCUGGUCAAUGGGGUCGAUCGGCUACUCCCGAUUCAACGGCUCCGAACUCGCCAGCAUUACAUGACCGACGACUAUCUGGAUCUCCAGCGGAACGACAGGGUUACUUUGACAACCAACUCCAGCCUGGCAACAACCGCGCUGCCAACCGAGUCUCUGCUGAAUCAUUCUACGAUGAGGACCCCAAUGCCCAGCCACUGUACUUUGAUGACAAGCGCAAAUCUCGACCCAAGUUCUUCCAAGGAGGAUACGAUGACGAGGAUGCGCCGUCUUCUCAGGGCAGUUCCGACCAUGGUGAAUCGACCGUCGUUGGAUCACUUCGUGAAACGCCUCAGACAUAUGACAACUUUUUGGCAGCUGCCAACAAGCAAUUCGCGAAACAGAGCGGUGGCCGAAAUGCACCCGAUCCAUACUUUGAGUCUCGGAACAGUAUGAGCGGGGAUAUGCCUCCAUCUCGACCGUUCACAGUUCACAGCCGAGUCUCCAGUUUCGACUCUAUCUCGUCAAUCGUGGAUGAAAAGGGAAGCUCGCCGCUCAAUAAGGCCAUGGAGACGUUUACCGAUUCGGACGGAGAAGUCGCACAGGCUUUCGUACAGAAACUCAGGGAUCUCAGUGCUGGAAACUCUCAAGGCGAUCUGUGUAUUGAGAAGUUUUUGAUCAAGAGUGAAAAGGCAUUCUUUGAUGAAGUGAAAAAGGAGAAGAUGUCUGCUAUGUCAGUCAGGUCGAGGGACUCGUUUAUCCAUUCUCGACCUCAGAGUAUGAUGGACGGUUUCAGACCGGAAUCGCUGUCCUCUCGCCCGCCUUCCAUCGCACCGUAUUCGAGAUCCGACUAUGAUGAUCGAACGAUGGCACAUGAUGAUUAUGGUGGAAGCAUGUACGAAGAGAAUCCCGAUACGGAACACAUGAACCGGGUCCAAGUCUUCCUGCAGAAAUCGAUCCUCGGAUGGCCAUUGUACACCAUCGUCAUUUCGUGCGGUCAAUUACUCUCUGCGACCUCAUUCCAAUUGAGUUUGUUGGGCGGUACCAACACCAUGACGGAGAUUGACCUGUACAUCAUCUCGUCCAUCUUCUUUGUCGCUUCCAUUGCCUGGUACACCUUGUUCAGGAUGAAGCCAUCUGUUUGGGUCUUGACCGUGCCAUGGAUCAUGUUCGGCAUCGCCUUUAUCCUCAUCGGAUUCCCAUCUCUCCACGGCAUUUUUACCCCUCAUCGACAGAUCAUUUCCCGUGUCGCUGUCUGGUGCUAUGCCGUCGCUUCUGGCGCUGGUUUCCUCUUCUUCGGUCUCAACUUUGGAGACGAAGCUGGAUCCGCCACCGAGGUCUGGGUCGUUCGAGCAUGUGUCGUUCAAGGUCUGCAACAGAUUUGGGUCUCCGCUCUGUGGUACUGGGGUUACACGCUCAACGGUAUCAACCCGGACCAAUACGUCACGCCCACGGUCAUCAUGUACAUUGUCUGGCCCCUUUCCGUCAUCUCGUUCAUCUUUGCAUUCCUCAUGUUCCGUGGUUUGCCAGAGUAUUAUCAUCAGAUCCCACCCUAUGUGCCCAACUUCUUCAAGACAUUGGUCCGACGCAAGCUGGUCAUUUGGUUCUUGAUUGCCGAAAUCCUGAGGGAUUACUGGCUCUCUCCACCGUACGGUCGAAACUGGCAAUUCUUGUGGGCACAGGCAGAUGUUCCCAAGUGGGCAGUGGUCAUUGAAAUUGCCGUCUUCUUCCUUGGAGUCUGGGGUCUCUUUAUGGGUCUCUUAAUCAAGUACUCCAAGGUCCACUCGUGGUUGCUUCCCGUCUUUGCCGUCGGUCUCGGUGCGCCGAGAUGGUGUCAAAUGUGGUGGGGUACUUCCGGAAUGGGACUCUUCGUUCCCUGGGGUGGUGUCGCUGGACCAUACAUCGGAACAUGUCUCUGGUUAUGGCUCGGAGUGCUCGAUGCGAUUCAAGGUGUCGGUUUGGGAAUGAUCCUCCUCCAGACUUUGUCACGUUUGCACGUCUGCGCAACGCUGGCCGGGGCUCAGAUUCUCGGAUCGGCCGUCGUCAUGAUUGCUCGAGCUACUGCUCCAGACAAGAUCGGACCUGGCAAUGUGUUCCCUAACUUGGCCAUCUGGGACCCUGAGACUGGCAAGAACAAUCCAUUUAUCCACUGGGAGUUCUGGGUCUGUCUCGUGUGUCAGAUCAUCAUUGUCAUAGGCUACUUCUUCUUCUUCCGAAAGGAACAGUUGAGUAAACCCUAAGUUGUGAUCUGGAAUAGAGUAGAAAGACUGUAUAGAGAAGAAGAAGGCGCUGCGCGAAGAAGACUGAUUCGCACUUCACGACCUUAGGGUCAGCAAUGACCCGUAACGACAUUAUCUGACAACAACCCCUUUCCUCCCCUCCCCUCCCGUCCCCGUCCCCGUCUCGUGCCUCUUCCUCUUUGCUUAUCUAUGGACAAUUGAGCAAUCGAAGAGUCAUGCAUGUGUGAUCAGU